AUGCCCAAGCACAAGGCCAAGAACGGGGCAGCGCGCGUGGGCGGAAAGCAGAGCCACCCUCAACACCCUUACCAUGUGGACGACAAGCCCCGCCCGGCCUCCGCGACCGCUUCACCCACUGCUGACGCGCCCUCAACGAGCACGGACAUGUCCAACGGCAACGGCAACGAGGGAGGAAGCGGCAAGAGGAAGAGGAAGAACCGUCCCAGCAGCAAGCCCAAGCAGACUGGUGACGCGGCUCCUGCCUCUGCCGCCUCCGCGCAGCCCCCAGCGUCCUCCGACGACACCGCUGUGGACGCCAACUCGCAGUCGCACCACCCCAACGGCCAGGACGACGUGACGGACGAGAUCGCCGCCCCCAUGACCAACGGGGCGUCGUCAAGCUCCCGAGACUCUUCUAUCGCCGCCUCAGACUCCAAAUCCGGGAAGCCCUUCCUCAAAGACGAGGUCGCCGAGCUCAAAGCCUUGCUGCAGGCUGCUCGGGACCAGGUGUCUUCUAUCAACGAGGCCAUGCACAUGUUCAAGACCGCUUCGCAACUUCAAUCCCAGAACCAGGUUCAAGCUGUGAGGGCAGAGAUGGCCCUGAUGAAGACUGAAAUGGAGACCGCCAUGUCCACCACGACCAAGCUCCUUGCCGACCAGACCGCGCACCUCGACAAGGUCAAGGAGACAGUGUCGUGUGGCGUUUGUUUUGAGCCUCUUGACGAUCCCCAUGCCCUUACGUGCGGUCACACCGCCUGCCGCAAGUGUCUUGUCCAGUGGUUCCGCUCGGCAAACGCGUACCGUUCCGAAAACAUUCACGAGGUUUUCCCCAACCAAGACCUUACGUACCGCACAAAAGUGUGCCACAUGUGUCGCGAGCCAAUCUACCGUCGUCCUGUGCGCAUGUUUGCCCUCCAGUCCGUCAUCGAUACGCUUGGCAUUGCGCACCCAACUCCCGAGCGCGACGAGGACCCCUGGAGGCUCACGUUCCCUCGCGACGUCACCGGCUAUGUCCUCGACGAUCCCAGCGACAACAUUGACCGCUGCCCAUGCUGUCUCGGCGAGGUUGCGUUUGGCCAGUGUAACUCGUGCGGAGCAGAGUUCUCGUCCGACGACGACGACGACAGCGACGGGGAGGACCUUGACGCAGAGUCUGAGGACACGGACAGCGAGGCCGGGAGCAUUAUCGAGUUUCUCGACUCGGACGAUGACGAUGACCUCGUUCUCAAUGCUGCACGCAACGCUCUGGGGCUUCCUCCUCGCCGCGGUGCCACCCCGCCCGAGCGUGCGCGUGACGUCCGUCGUACCUUUUCUCCAUCGCAGCCACCUGCCAUGCCUUCAUUCCUCGACGACAUUGCCGACGAGUCUGGCGAUGACGGAUCUGGAGACGAGUCUGGAGAGGACCUUGAUGGUCCUCUUCCUGGUCGCUUCAACCUGGAUCGCGACGACGACGACAGUGGCAGCGCCGGUGAUAGCGACGUAGAUGACCUCCACCGGGACAGGCUCGCUGGUCGCCCCUUCGCGAACCUCCCGCCCCCAGUUUUGUCCUCGAACUACGACUCGGACUCUGACUCUGACUCUGAGCGCUCCCCGCACGGCCGAAGCCGCACGCCCACCUUGGCCCGCCGCAACGACGUUACCGCCGCCGACGACGACGACUUGGACCUCGACGAGGAGGAGGAGUACGAGUCGUCCUUCAUCUCCGAUGGUAGCGUGGAGAUGCUCUCGGCUGACGAGGACUCUGAAGCCGAGGUGAACGGUGUGGUCGACGGCGAUGACGACGCCCCCGCCAUUGACGAGCUGCGUGCGCGCCGUGCCGCUCGCUUUGGCGCCGGCCCUGGUGCUCCAGCUGUGCCCGAGCCCGAGCCUCAGCCCGAGCCCGCCUCUGCGACUACUGCUUCGCGCCGCCGCCGCCGUAUCGUCGAGUCUGACGAUGAAGAUUAA